AAUAAUUUAAAAAUCUGAAAUAUAUUUAGCUCAUAUAACGGAUGAGAAGUUAGGAGGAAUGUCUGGUCUGUUUCUUGGUAACCGACCUCCAGUCUGGGUUUGGGGUACUCCUGAGGGUGGAGCUUUAUAUAUACAACCUGUACUUAAUGUACUCCCUAGUACACAGAUAGAUCAACUACGUCACGAUUAUUAUGUUGGCGGGACCGGGAACAAACUCACAGAAAUAUUGCUAGAAAGAAAGCUUCCUUCUCAGGCAUUUUUGGAGGAUGCAUACUCCAGUAUGCUGGAACUGCAUUGUAUUGAGAGUGAAAAGGAAGCUGAGAAAAUGGAUACAGAUUAUUUGUCAAGGAAAUCAAUCAAUCAACCAACUGCUUUCUUUAAGAUUAAUUCAGAAAUUCGGCAUUUGAAUCCUAGUGGCAAAAUAUCAAUCAAGACCGCCAAAAGAAACUUUUGCUCUCAAAACAAUUAUCAGUUUCUACACUCAGGGGCGUACAAGGGAGGGGCACUGGGUGCACCCCCCCCCCUUGGGGCACGCAUGAUAUGAUUUUAUA